CCCCGCCGCGUGUGGCGUGCCGAUGACAGCCGCGGGGCUUGCUUCCCCAAGCGGUCGCGGGCGGGCAGGAGGCAAAGUUUGUCGGAGAAUCGGGGUGACUUUGCUCGGGGACCCGCAUCUGCGCGAAUGCGCGGUGCCGCGGAGCGCGUCUCGCUGCAGCUCCGAGCUGGGGACCGGCUGUUCCUCGCUCCCGGAACCCCUUCAGGGGUGUGUUCUGGAAAAGUGGUGACAUGAGCUAGCGCUGGAGAGGCAGGAGGGAGCUGCUCGCACCCCUGCAGCCCAGGCGGGGAGGGCGCAGACCCCGCGGUGCUGCCCUGCGGCCGCGAUGAGGGAACAGCCCUCUUUCGCCUGGCGCUGAUACUCGAGGCUGUGGCGGUAGUGGAAUGCGAAAGCCAGGACGGAAUGGAAACAGGGCCAGGAGACCUCAGCAGGAUGCCUGAGGCAAAUUCUCCCAGGCGAACUCCACAGAAUGUUCCCUACCAGGACUUGCCUCACCUGGUCAACGCAGACGGACAGUACCUUUUUUGCAGGUACUGGAAGCCCAGUGGCACACCCAAGGCCCUCAUCUUUGUGUCCCAUGGCGCUGGGGAGCACUGCGGCCGUUACGAUGAGCUGGCUCAGAUGCUGAAGGGGCUGGACAUGAUGGUAUUCGCCCAUGACCAUGUUGGCCACGGGCAGAGUGAAGGAGAGAGGAUGGUGGUGUCGGACUUCCAGGUUUUUGUCAGAGAUGUGCUGCAGCAUGUAGACACCGUUCAGAAGGACUAUCCUGGGGUCCCUGUCUUCCUCCUAGGCCACUCUAUGGGCGGUGCCAUCUCCAUCCUCGCGGCUGCAGAGAGACCAACCCACUUCUCUGGCAUGGUCCUGAUCUCCCCUCUGGUUCUUGCCAGUCCAGAAUCUGCAUCAACUUUCAAGGUCCUUGCUGCCAAAGUGCUCAACUUUGUCCUGCCAAACAUGUCCUUGGGGCGCAUUGACUCCAGCGCGCUGUCUCGGAACAAGUCGGAAGUCGACCUAUAUGACUCGGACCCACUCAUCUGUCACGCAGGGGUGAAGGUAUGCUUUGGCAUACAGCUGCUGAAUGCUGUCUCGAGAGUGGAGCGCGCAAUGCCCAAGCUGAUACUGCCAUUCCUGCUGCUGCAGGGUUCUGCUGACCGGCUGUGCGAUAGCAAAGGUGCCUACCUGCUCAUGGAAUCAUCCCGGAGUCAGGACAAGACACUCAAGAUGUAUGAAGGUGCCUACCACGUUCUCCACAAGGAGCUUCCAGAAGUCACCAACUCUGUCCUCCAUGAAAUAAAUACGUGGGUCUCUCACAGGAUAGCAACGACAGGAGCUUGGUGCCCACCCUGAAUGUACCAGCCAGGCAACCAGCUUGUGGUCUGGAGGAAGCAGGCAGAGGAAGGGCAGUGCUGACUGGCUCGAAAAAAAAAAAAUAAUCGCAAAUUGGAGGGAACCCUAGUGCAAUUUACUCUGACAAAAAAAGCUAAUUUGUUAUAUAUAAGGCUACUGGCCACUGGCUCUACCACCUGAGGGUAGCACUUUAUGAAAGAGGAGUAUAUUUUCUACACAGAGACUGUGUUGGAAUGUCCUAAGAAUAAACAAUUCAGCCUCUGCCCACCUCUCCCAGCUCCCAUGGGGUCCAGGGACUCUCUUGCAGUCCCAUGUCCCAGCCUGCAAUAAUCAGAGGUCUCUUUCCUCCUCUCCCAAGCCUUCUCUGACGGGCUGUUCUUUGGCAUGUGACGAGGUGGCCUGUGUCCCCAGAGCUAGCUCCUUAGGCUCAUGUGCCCCUCUAAGGCACUUCCUCAAAAUGGACAGCCACCCUAUGACCUGGUCAGCGACUUCUCAGAUGGAAGUCGGGCUGUGGGGAGGGAGGGUGGCCAUUCUCCCCACACAACUCUUCCCCCUGCUGGGAGUUAGGUUACCCUCAGCAGGUCUGUGUAUCCAGAGAGGCACCUUUUCUCAGGUCACUAAGUACCUACCCCAUGCUGAGAAGGGUGGCUUUAAAGAUAAGCAUUUAAUAUAUAUGGUAUAUUCUAAAAUAAAGACUAUAUGGGUGGAUGGGUGAAGCCUGGACAGCUUUAGAAGAACUGGUACCCCACACAGGGCUGGUCUUCUGAGGGCCAGUCCCCUAACUGAAGACUGCCUGGCUCUUCUUGCAGAGAAAACACAAGGGACAGAGGACUGCGGCCUGGGCUGUCCCUCUGUCCAGAGCCACUGGGAGUUGUUUGCCAGUAGCACAGCUACCUCUGGUGGCAGAGGAGACUCUCAUGAAGCCAUGGUGCUGGCUGCCUGCCCAGGGCAGCAAAGGCACUCAGUGACCACCUGCAGACAAGGACCACAGUUGUCUGCACCCCAUCACAGGCUGCAGCAGGAUGGCCCAGCCAGGCCUCAUAGAGGCUACCCUGGAGCAGUGAAGUGCAAGCCCCUGCCCUCUCAGGUGCCCGCCCAGAGGCCCGCCCCAGGCCUCACUUAGCGCCAGCAAUAACUGGGGCUCACUGCCCUCCUGGAGCACUUUCAUCUUCACAGAGGGGCUUGCUGUUACCUCAGGAGUCUUGUUAGUGCACAUAGGACCCUGGGAAGGGGCACUGCUGCCAGGGAGAGCUGCUUGGCUGCAGGGAGGGGAGAGUGGGCCCUCGAUUCUCCAGGAAGCUGCCACCUGUCCACCUAGGUCCCGUCCUUUCCGGAGUUUAUUCUAGGUCCUGGGGAGGGUUCUCUGCCUUCUCCGGUGGCCCUGACCAUGCAUGGCAGUCAAAAGCUGGCCAUACUACAGGCCAUAAGGACACUACGCCCCUCAUCAGGGCCAAGCACUGCAUGCAGGGAAGGCAGGGCCCUCUUAGCUCUGCAUCUGUUGAGAAAAUAAAGAUAUAAAAGUGUGCUAAGAGGGUCAGUCAGCACUCCAGGCUGCUCAGGGAGCCUGGUCAGCAGCAGACAGGCAUGGGGUGUUUCUGUUCUCCAUUAAGAAAAAAAAAAAAGGACCCCACUCCAGACUACUUGUACCCCUGGGCCCAGAGCCACCCAGGGCUGCUCCCAGAAGCACAUGCUGACAAUGCCACUUUCCAAACCACAUGCCCCACCUGGGCUGGUAACUUUCGUGCAUGACUUCAUUUACAGAGAUGCGUGUGCAUCUGGUUAAAGAACCAUUAACACUAAAAGGGGGCAAAUGACCAGAAACUGGGACUGUCUUGUGAAACCCGGAAGGGGACAGGCACAUGACUGCAUCAUGUCCUGCAUGACAAAGUCGGGGCCAGCACAGGGCUGUCUUUAGAGAGCUGGGCCAGCCUUGUGCAGGCUCUGCCCUUGACUCUGGAGGAAGCCUGACAGGCUGGGCUUCAUAGUCACCCCACCACCAGAAUGCAGAGGGAUUGGGGUGUGGGAGGAAGCUAAGACGCACAAGGCUUGGCCAGAAGAAGGCAGAAGCCAGCAGGGGGCCAGGAGAGCGCACCACCCCAGGUGAAGGAGAGGGGAACCAGACCUGAGCACCUUUAAGAACAUAGCACCUUCUCCAACAAGGAUGGACUUAGUGCCCGAAAAGCUUUUUAGGAAAGGGUGCCACCUGCAGGUAGUAGGGUGUCUCAACGACUAAGUCCCAGUUCCUCGGUAGAAUGGGGACUGUCCUCCCUCCACCAUGGCCCCCUCAGCUUCUGGGUGUCCUGGGGACCACCAUGAGAGCAGUCGGGGUGCUCUAAUACCACAGGGCUCUACUCACAUCCCACCCCUCAGGCCACCUCACACUUCCCUCUCUCUCCUGAUUGCUAUUGUAACUUCCUAGGGAUCACAGUGGCUCACUGGUCUGUUGCUGUCACCACGCUCAGUCACUCCCCAUGUGUACUCUUAGUGGGGAACCUAUACCGGCUUAGAACUACUAAAGAAACCGAUGUGCACUACAGCUCACCAUAAUAAACCAUGUGCUUUUGGAGA